AGAAGAUAGGAGCCGCUCCGCGCAGGCGCUGAUGAGCUCUCCUCUGUGAGAGGCGAGGAGCUGCGGGGCGGGGUUACAGCGUGGUGCGGGAGGGGCCGGGCCCGCGGCCGGGGUUGAUAAGAGGAAGCGCAGGGGUUUCUCUCUCUCCCUAUUUUUUGGCGUCCAGCCGCACCGGUGUCUGGCCGCAGCGUCCGGGGCCUGCACGCCGCCGCCGCUGAUUGGCCGAGCCCGCCAUUGCUUAUCCCCCCCAUUCUCUGCGCGGCGCCGCGGCUGUCACUGUCCCGCUCCCCUGCGGCCAGAGGCGGCGGCCGGAGAUGGGCUCACGAGCAUCCUCGCUGCUGCGGGACGAGGAGAUCGAGGAGAUCAAGAAGGAGACGGGCUUUUCCCACAGUCAGAUCACUCGUCUGUACAGUCGGUUCACCAGCCUAGACAAAGGAGAGAAUGGGACUCUUAGCCGUGAAGACUUCCAACGGAUUCCUGAGCUUGCCAUCAACCCCCUGGGAGACCGGAUUAUCAAUGCCUUUUUCCCAGAGGGAGAGGACCAGGUGAAUUUCCGUGGAUUCAUGAGGACUUUGGCCCACUUCCGACCCAUUGAAGAUAAUGAAAAAAGCAAAGACCAGAAUGGACCAGAACCACUCAACAGCCGGAGUAACAAGCUGCACUUUGCUUUUCGACUAUAUGACCUGGAUAAAGAUGACAAGAUAUCCCGAGAUGAGCUGCUUCAGGUAUUGCGGAUGAUGGUUGGUGUAAACAUUUCAGACGAGCAGCUGGGUAGUAUUGCUGACAGGACAAUCCAGGAGGCUGAUCAGGAUGGAGACAGUGCCAUCUCCUUCACAGAGUUUGUCAAGGUUUUGGAGAAGGUGGAUGUAGAGCAGAAAAUGAGCAUUCGAUUUCUUCACUGAUGGAUGGGAGACCCAUUCCUUACCACUCCUAAUUUCUAAGGACUAGAACUCCACUUUCUCCCCACCAUCUUUCCAUAGUGCAUUGCUACUGGUGCAUGGAAAAACACAUCUGCAAUCCCUCACCAGCUUGUUCCACAAAGGUGAACAUUCCCUGUGUAGCAGGAACAAAGGGAAGUGGCUGCAGUGCAGCUCGGAAUGGAGCAUUUAAAAAGUCCCUAUUUCAGAUUUUUCCUCUGCAUUGCUGUAUGAAUAUAAUGAUCGCCUUUCCUUCCUAUGUAUUGCUGCUGCAAACUUAUUCUUCUGGAGCUCUACAUCUAGGAAGCCAAAAAGGGGGGUAAUAUCCCACAGAAAAGCCAUCUGAAUUUUUUUUACUGGGAGUAGUGUAUAGUGUGAAACAAACCUCAGCUAAAUCAUUCCUUCAGUAAGUCCUAGGUGUCAGAGUAGCACUGCCUUUUUCCUUCCCAUGCUAGUGCAACAGAGCUGCCUUUUUUGCUCCCCUCUUGGUUUUUUUUCCAAGACCUUUCUUCCCUCUUUCCAGAUUUGCCCUUUAGAGCAACCUUAAAUUAAUCAUUUAAGUCAUGUAGCUUCUUUCCCAGGACUGUAGGAUUGGGAAUACUGUGCCAGUUCUGAGCAGUCUCAAAUGCUGUGACUGGAUUCUGUAGAAUUAAUCCACAGUGGGGAGAGGAAUCUGUCAUGAUUGCAGGUUGCAACUUCUGUGGAACAAACUGGACUCCACACAGUGAUUCAUAACCCUCAAACGACCCCAGUACCAGGUGCAGAAGUGGCUGUCUUAAGAGCAGCUUGCAGGCUCUGACUGCCAGUGGACCACAAAGCACCCCUCCCUAGGUUGCUUUUUCUGUAUGACUGUUCCUUCCCACAGGGCACUCUUACCUCCACCAUCACAACUUGCUGCUUUCAUUAGUGCAGAUUUAUUUACCGGUGUUUAUAAUUCAAGAAAACUAGCCAUGCACAAAGUUUGAUUUCAUGUCAUUGUCACCAUCCAGUGGUAAUAGCUCUAGUGACACCUUGUGCUGCUUUCAUAUUAAUCCUUAGAUUAUUUGAAAACCAAUGAUUUUUUUUGGGGGGGUAACAUCUAUCUGAGCCCCACCCUGGCUGGUGGAUCUGCACUGUGGGUGUUUAGCUGCACUUGGAACACUUUCAUGGAAGUUUAGAUAACCAGUGUUUUUAGGGAAUUGCCUAGUAUAUCCCAGUUCAAAUUAAAAAGUGAGAUUUUAAAAUAUAUUUUGAUCAGAUACUUUCCACAAAUCUUUAUGAAACCAACACAACUGAAAGGAUAACUUUUUUUAAAUUAAAAACUUAACAGCAAGACUAUAUUAAAUCAAGGAUUCAAAAGCAAUGCAUGUGUUCAGUUGUUAACCUCCAAAUUCAUUGGCUACACAGCUUCUUGUGCACACGUGGAUAAGUCAACAAAUGAUCUGACAACCAAUACAAGUGGAGUGUCUUGAGUUGACUUGGAGGUCCAUCUCUAUGGAAGAAUCAGUGUUUAAGUGCUUCCACACACCUCCACAUCAUGUGUUAACAUAAGUUUCUGUAAGUAUUGAGCUAAGAUUCAACCCUCAAAUGGAUUUCUUUAGUUCCUUUACUUAAUUGUAUUAAGGAAUCCUUCAGUGGAUUCUUCAGACACUCUAUUUUUGCAGAAAGAUGCUGCACUUCAAAAUUUUCAGACUGCAAUUCAAUAGUAAGGCUGGAGAAUUGUAAAAGAUUUCUGUUCUGUACAAGAAGGAAACAUUCUGGUUUUAUGACCAUAUGUAAAAUAGGAAUUGUAAAAAGGAAAGAAAUGUGACUGUUAACAUGGAAAGGUACACAAGAUGUUAUAGGCUUUGAUUUGCUUAUUUAAAAGAUGUUUCUCUAUUUCUUCUGCCAAUGUAGUUGUAGUCAGCUGUUGUGCCUUAUUGUCCCAAUGAGUUCUGUAUUUAUCAAUCCAUAAAUAAGUCUUCACUGUAAAAA